CCACUGUAAACAUGUCAUGACUUCUAGGUUAACUUUGCCUCGUGUUCUCUCUUUUUAACCGUUUUCACGAUGGGAACAGGCGCGUGCAUCCACGGGUGUUCACGUGGAGCUCGGACCUUCACUCCCACGCGCUGAUAAACCUGCGUUAAGUGUCACCGAGAAUGAUCAAAGUGCCGCUCCGUGCUGCGCUCGGUCGCGUGCGCUGCUUCUCUACCCGCGAGCUCACAGAACAUGGAUCUGAAUGGGCACGAGCUGCCGCUGGCCUCACGGAGCAGGCGUCUGUCUAUGUGCACUGGCCGUACUGUCUGAGGAGGUGCUCCUACUGUAACUUCAACAAGUACAUCCCCAAGGAAAACAAAGACCACGUGAUGACCACGAGCCUGCAGCGGGAGGCUGAGACGCUGCUGCGGCUCAGUCAGGUCUCCAGCGUCACCUCGGUGUUUUUCGGCGGGGGGACCCCCAGCUUGGCUCACCCCUCCACCAUCGCCGCCGUCCUCGAGACGAUUUCCAGGUGUGCACGACUCCCGGGCGAGGCGGAGGUCACGCUGGAGGUCAACCCGACCCCCGCCGGGAGGUCCAAGCUGGAGGAUUACUGCAGCGCCGGGGUCAACCGCUUCUCCAUCGGCGUUCAGUCCCUGCAGGACGAGGACCUGAAGAUCCUGGGCAGAGACCACAGCUGUGACGACGCCUUGCGGACGGUGGAGGAGGCUCGCCGGCUGCGUCCCGGCCAGGUGUCGGUGGACGCGAUGUUCGGGCGGCCCGGCCAGACCGUGGAAUCCUGGGAGAGCGAGCUGGACGGGCUGCUGGGGGCGUGCGACGACCACGUGUCGCUGUACCAGCUGACUCUGGAGCGAGGCACCCAGCUGUUCGGGCAGGUGCAGAGCGGCCGGGUCGCCCUGCCCAGCGAGGACGAGACGGCGGAGAUGUACCGCCGUGCCAGGACCGCCCUCCAGCGGUGGGGCUUCCUGCAGUACGAGGUGUCGAAUUUCGCACGCCAUGAUUCAGUGAGUCUUCACAAUCUGAACUACUGGAAGGGAAAGCAGUACAUCGGCGUCGGUCCAGGAGCACACGGACGCUUUGUUCCCCUGGCGGAGGGGGCCGUCGUCCGGGAGGCCCGGACCCAGACCCUGGAGCCUGACGUGUGGAUCCGUGAAGUCCGGCAGAGGGGACACGGCACACGGAGGCGGAUUCCGCUCGGCCGCCUCGAACUAUUGGAGGAGGUGUUGGUGAUGGGGAUGAGAAUGACCGAGGGCAUUAAUCACGAGCACUGGAAGCUGUUCAGCCCUCAAAUGAACCUCCAUCAAGUGUUUGGUGGAUCUUCUGAUGUGAAGGAGUUCAUAAGGAGCGGUCAGCUGGUUCUUGAUGACAGGGGCCUGCGCUGCUCCUGGGAUGGACUGGCCAUCCUGGACAGUUUACUUCCAACUCUGCUGGUAGAGCUGGAAAAACAAGUGUUUCCAGAUCCAGACGGAGGCCAUCGUGGUUAUAGUGACGGACGCACACAGAGGACCUGGAGCCCUCGAUGACGGCCAGUUUUAUUGGACCGAUAAAACGUGGAAAAAUCAGUGGAUAUCUGCAGGAGCAUCAGCACUCAUCCACAAGUCUAAUUUUAUACUCCUGCAUAUCUUUGCACACCGUUUUCUUUUCAUUGCAGUGUUAAAGUUGAUCUUUCACCCUGACGUUAACCCAACGUGCUCAACAAAAGUUCCUCACCAGCUGUAACUGAAAUAAAACACUCUGCAUUGUCAUUCAGUCUUGUUUUCUGGAUGAAAUCUGGAAUAUAUAGUUUUAAAACCCUCCAGACAAACUGAUGGAGUUACUGGUAACCCCAAAAAAAAGGUAAUGACACUCCUACACACCAUCAUAAAAACAUAGAUAUUAUACUGUCAUUACAGAGGAAAUAGUUUGACUAUUGUGAGAGCAUAUUGAGUCAUGAGCUGCCUUGUAAAUGAAUUUUUUUUUCUUUGCGCCGAUCCGAUCUGUCACAUGCAGGCUUUUUAAAAUAUGUCUUUAUUAAUCUGACCACAUUCAGUCUCAACCGACUGAGUUACACACUCUGGUUAUUCAUUUCCUGCACGGACCUGAUUGGAUUUUUGGAUUUCAGUGAUAAAUCUUUGACAAAUUGCUUACAUCAGUCUCAAAAGGUUUUCACUGUGAGUGUUUCUGUGUCAUUUUUCUAGAUUAAGUCUAAACAUAGCCUCUGUGUCAUAGUACCGUAAUGGUAAACAGGCAAUUUUCAGAAUGACUGGGCUCUCUCCAUGGUGCUGAUUUCUUCCUGUCUCUCUCCUCCCUCCUCUUUCAUAAUUGAUGUUGUCUUUUUUUUUUUGUUGC